AUGCACUUAUCGCAAGGCCGAACGUCGACAGCGCCUUUUGCCAUUAAGCUAGCGCACGUCGCGGCGUCGCCGCGUCGCUUAGACUAUGUAACAGCGAAUAAUACCAUAAGGAUAUUCUCUGGCCCAGUUAUUACUCACACGAAAAGGGGAACUCCACUUCUUCAGGCUGAUGGCUACAGGUACAAUUGUAAGCGAAAACUGAACGCCAGGACCUACUGGGUCUGCAACAAGGCACCUCAAGGAUGCCGAGUCUCCAUAGUCACUUAUGACGACGUCAUCAUCAAGCAAUUUUCUCCACUACGCUUAAAGGACGACCACGUCUACAAAUUGGUACCUGUAGAUUCAACUUUAAAAAUGGAACUGGGGAAAGACUGUAUUGGAGUUGCAACCAGGCUCCUCAUGGGUGCCGAGUAUCAGUUGUGA